CCCAAUAAUCUACAAGCACGACCAGCGUGCGUGCGCUGACACCUUCCUUGUUGCAUCUUCCCAUCCUCGAGCUUUCUGAAGUGACCACCCACGCACAGGCACGCAGACAACAUGAGCACGAGCGCGAGCGAGUGGGCGCUGGUUGCAGAACACCUGCUUGUGCCGCCGCCAAUGACAAGAAUCGCGACGGACGAACAGGGACUUGAGGCCUUCGAUGUCCUCGAUGUGGACGUGUAUUACAUUCGCGCCAAGCGCGACGUGGCUCGCGCCUUCUUCAACCUCAUGCUGACGUGCCGCGAGCUCUACCACGACUUGCCAUGCGCCAUGCCAAAAUGGUGCCUUGCUGAUGUGUUUGCUGACGUUGCAAAGAGUAACUAUGCCAUCUGGUCUGACCUGCGCCUGAACUCUUCCCUCAAGAAGAAGCCCCGAGCGGUCAAGCAGUGGAUUGACACGUUCCAGAUGGACAAGAUCAAACCUGUGGAGGCCGCCUGGCGCGAGCGCAGCGUUGACGCGACCGAUGCAGAUGCACCUAGCACAACCAUCGACGCUUGGCUGCAGAACCGAUUUCUCGUGCACUGCUGGCUUGGGGUGACGUGGGAUAGCACCUGCUCCUUCCUCGAGACUCAAGUGCACGAUGCCCGUUUCUGGCGCAGGUUCAGACAAUGCGGGCGGCUUUGGCUUGGCAGCUUCACUGCGCUUGAGAAGUGGAGCAAGAAUGUGCAGCGGCAAGAACAAGAACAACAACAACAACAACAACAACAACAACAACAACAACAACAACAACACAGUUAUGCAGCACAUGGGCUGCAAACCGCACGCCAGAAGCACGAACAACCAAACCAGCCUCGCGCUGAAGCAGUGCCAUCGAAGCCGCAUCAACAAUGCCGCCUGCAGCUGCAACAACAUCAUCAACAACACGAGGUAGAAGGCAAGGAAGGGAGUAAGAACGGAGACGAGGGAGAAGACCAGCGCCAGCAACACCACCACCUGCAACACCACCAGCAACAACACCACCACCAGCAACACCGUGCUGCACCUGCGGUAUUCUCCAUGCGGGCCAGGUUCAGCAACCAAACAUGUGCUGAUCGCUGGAAUGUGCUUCGAAUGACAGCACUUGCAGAUGUGCGCGGAGAGUUAGUGUACUUGACAUCAGGCAGAUCACGCUUUUCCACAAUCAAAGCGUGCAACAUUACCCGAGUUGUCCUCUGUGACACUUUACGCUUCCAGUCUGCUGCUGUUGCGGUAGAGGACGUUGACUGCUUCGUCUGGACGGGAGCGACAGGCACUACGCCUCGCCGCUGUCACCUGCAACGCGUGCGAUGCAUUGACAUCCGCGAUAUAUGGAGCACGAUUUGCAAUAAUUUGAGUGACCUCGCAGAGGCAGGUCUUUCCAGCGUCACGCUCUUAAACUUUAGCCAUGACACGACCAACCUCACUCCACUGAUCGGAACCAAGCACCUGGCUCUCCACCGCGUUCUCUGCUCCAGUGGGCACGAGGCCAUUGCAGCAGCAGAAUCUCUUCAGCUGAAGGCGAUACCGCUUGAGAUCGACACAUUGAACGCAACUCAGGUGUCUCUUUGUGACCUCACCGCCGUCCCUGAGGUAUUGCAUCUUCCCAACGCAACAACGAUUGAGUUGCAGCGCAACCCGAACAUGCGCGUGACGUGCCCGCGUCACAUCCGCAAGCUUGUAAUCCACCAUGCGUUGUCUUCGCUGGCCACAUUUCCAGACUUUGAGCACGCAGAUGAGGUGUGCUUCGCGCUGGAGUCGAUUGAAAUUUCUGCCCUGGAGUCGAUUGAAAUUCCUGCCCUGACACCGGAGCAGCUGGCAUCUCUUGGCCGCCGGGUUGACAAACUACAACUGCUGCAUUGUAUUGAUGACAUCCGGGACCUGAAUGUCAUCCCAAGCCGUGUCGUCGUAUUUGUCAUGAAACGGGAGGUGGAGGCGCCGGUGCCACCGUGUGUUCAGCUGCUGAAGGUGUUCUUCGAGCACGACCUCCACUGCAGCUUUGUGCAACACGUGCCGCAGGUACUGCUUCAGCAAGACACAUACGCUGGUGCAGACGUCCCCAUGCAUGACUUUCACUUACUCUCUGGACGAAAGCUGCUCGAACUCGUCAGCUGCAGACUGGAGGGGGAACUCGCCGACUGCGAGCACGUGCGCCUGGCCGACUGCAGUGGGUCUGUCGCGAUGGCCUCCAUGACCUCGUUACACGUUGAGAACGCCACCGUUGGCGGUUCGACCACCCCCCUUCACCAGCAGUCGCAGCAUGGUCAGACGAAACGACUGGCGAGUGCUGGCGUACGGAGUACUGGUGGUGACGAUGGUGGUGGAAGUGGUGGUGAUGGUGGCAACAACAACAAUAGCAGCAACAACGACAACAGCAAUGAUGGUGGUGAUGAUGAUGAUGAUGAUGAUGAUGGUGAUGAUGAUGAUGAUGAUGAUGAUGAUGAUGAUGAUGAUGCAUCCGCAGGCGUGUUGGUGAUCAACCGCAUUCAGGAUGUGAACCACUGCCGGAUCUUGACGUGCAACAUCAAGGAUUUUGCGUGCAUCAGCAGCGUGCAGCGCCUUAUUCUCGACAACUGCGGGUUUGAUGGUGUGGAUAACAUCCCACCCGUCACGUCGCUUGUGGUGAAAUACUGCUCCACAAUCGACGAAGAGUGGCGGUGGCCCGACGUGACUCUCGUCAACCGAUCGCCAGAGGAGAUGAGGCAGAUACUGCUCGCAGGAAAGCGACAUUACGAGUGUUGCAGUGACACCUCUUGCAGCGAAGAUGAUGAUGGUGACGAUAAUGGUGAUGAUGAUUAUGAUUUUGAUGAUGACUCUGAGGACGACGAUGAUUACGAUGAUUACGAUGAUGAUGAUGAUGACGAUGAUUGGUGGUGA